UGGAGGAGGCUUGUGUCAGGUUUUGUUGGCCACUAAUUUGACACAUACACACACACACACACUUACAUACACACACACACAUUCAAGCUCAUGCAUAGAUAGACAGCCAGCCAGCCUGAGAGCAUGGAGAAAAUGAGUGCCACAAUUGUUCUUACAAUCUUGGGAACCCUGCUGGUGCCAAUGGUUUCUAUGAAAAGUACCGCAAACUCUACAGAUGUUAUCAGUACUCGAGCCCCUGAACACGAACUCCAGAACACGAGCUCUGACAUCCAGAACACGAGCUCUGACAUCCAGAACAUGAGCCCUGUUAAUCAAACUGAGUCAGUGGAUGUAGAAAAUGUAACAGAUGCAUUUGAUCCUAACAUAACCAAAGCUGAAAACUCUACCGCCUUAACCACUCAAGUGCCACCAACGAAAGAAUACACAUCGAAAAAUCCUAUUGCUAUAACAACCAAGAAAAAAAUAGAUGUGAACAAAACUACAAAGAAAACCACCACCACCACCACCACCACCGCCACCACCACCGCCAAAAAGGAUGAAGGCACUGAUCAACCAAGAUCAUCAGUGUAUAUCUUUGUCUUGCUCUUUUUCAUUUUGGCUGUUGCUGUUCUUGGCAUCAUCUUCUUCUGUGUUAAAGGUAAUCGCAAGAGGUUCUCUGUAGAUAUACAUGACAAACAUGAGGAUGCUCAGAUUCCACUUGCCUCAGUAGAGCAGGAAAUUUGUGAAAGCUCAUCUAAAGGUGCAGACAUGAAAACAUUUACCACUGAGGAAUCUUCACCGACUGACAACAUAGAGGAGACUGAAGAACAAAAAGCCCCAACUGAAACUGAUCAGCAGGUUAAGGAAAGUCCAGCUCAGACUGAAGCCCCUGCUGAGAAGCCGGCUGAGUCGACAAUCGAGGAUGACACAACCUCCAAUAAAACCUCUGUGGAGACUCUGAAUGACAUGCUUAAUGAGAACAACAGCAACAACAAUGCAGUGCGUGAUGUUAGUAUGUGCUUCAUUGAUAUCUGCCUUAACGACUAGAUCUAAGAUGGUAUGAGGAUGAAAAUGCAAUGAUGAAGCAGGACUGUCUUACCGAACUUACAAAAAGUAUGCAAAAAUUAAGCACAUAAAGUAUAUGGCCAAAACACCUGACUACACACCUAUAUGUGCAUUUAUUACCUUAUGCAUUUUAUUAAAAAAAUAAAAAGUUUGACACUUUUUCAUUGUAACUUUGAACAAUGUUUUAAACUCAUGGUAUCUUAAGUAUGUAACCUAAUGAACCAGAAUUAAUGUAUCCAAUGAUAGAGAUUUAUACACUUACUGUAUGUACUUUGCUCUGGAUAAGGGUGUCUGCCAAAUGCUGUGAAUGUAAAUGGCUCUUCCAUAAGAUUUGCCACAAAGCUGAAAUCCACAAAUGUUUAGAAUGUCUUUACAUGCUGCAUUAUUAUUAUUAUUAUUUUUGCUGGAAACAUGAGGCUCAAGCCUGUUCCAGCAUGACAAUGUCACUGUGCACAAAGCAAGCUCAAAGUGACUCAACCCCACUGAACACGUGAUCAAAUGGAACAUCAACCUCUUCUACGCCUCCUCACUCAAUAUCAGUCCCUGAUGUCCUGCACUCUUAUACCUGAAGGAGCACAAAUCCCCAAUACGUAUGUGUCCCACAUUUGACUUAUUGUGUCAAAAGUGUUUGUCUUGUGUUUUAGUAUGUUUGUGUUUAGUAUUUUGUGUUUUAGUAUGUUUGUACAUAACGUUCAUUUCCAAAAAUGUAUGCACUCUUUUAAACUUAAAGUCGGAGGUCUUUAUGAUUAUCCUACAAUGUAUUUUUAUAUAGUAUGCACAUAAAUGUUAAAUUCUGAAAAUAUCCUUUAACUAUAUAGUUAUUUUAGAGGUUAUUGUUUCACACUUAGGAAAAUUGUAUGCAAAAAUGUAUUGCCUCUCUCAAACCUGGGUUUGGGUAAGCUUACUUGAUCAGACUUGUUUCACUUUUUAUGCACUUUGUUCAUCUGCAAUUUAUAGGUAAAUGCAAUAAAACACGAUGGGUUGAUAUGAUUAA